UCCGAACAGAGACGCGAACACAACGGUCAUCGUCGAUAGUCAAUUCAUCGCUCUCGCUUACCAAGGCGCUAUUUGCCUAGGCUCCGCACCCUGAGACAGUGGCUGUGUAAGAAGAUUGCGCGUUACAUUGAGCCUGAGGAUUUCUCGAGGACAGCGUGAGAAGUGCAAUUAUCUGUGAAGAUCUGCAUUUAUUGCUAAUCUCCGGAAGAUUAAAACAAAUUUCUUCUUCGCGCGAGCCCCCUUUUAUCUCUGUGCCAUAAUGUCCGAGGUUUUGCCAUACAGCGAGGGGAAAAUGAGCGGCUACGGAGCUGACAGUGAAGUCAGUCAAAUGUCUUUCAGCUGUGGGCUGCAAGACACAAACGCCUUCUUUGGCGCAUCUCAAGGAAAAAGACCCCCAAAACUUGGACAGAUUGGCAGAGCUAAACGAGUGGUCAUCGAAGACGACCGGAUAGAUGAGGUCCUGAAGGGAAUGACGGACAAAUCGUCACCUGGCGUGUAAAGUGAACGAUGCCUUGCUGACUUUUUAUUUUAAUCACCGGUUUGAAGCACUUGUCGGCUGUGCAUGUGUACGAGGAUUGUCAGGAGAAAAGAGGGUACGAAGCGAUGACGAAGAAGGGAGAGAAAGAGACAGAAUGAAGAAAGCAGAAGAGAUAGAAAGACCGAGAUUUAUUUUGGGGUUGCUGGCAUUUCUCCAAACGAAACCCAAUUUAAACUACUGCUGCGCAGAAAGAUACGGAGAUGGCUGAUUGUGCUACUCCGUCUUUCACCUCCGCAGAUGUAUAGCAAUGGAUGAACUUGCCAUUAUCUCACCACCAUCUUCUUCCAAAAAGAGCUUACAAGCCACAUAACGUCAACAACUGGAAGCUGAAUUGCAUUUAAGCUCUGUUUCUAUAGCUGUACAGUAUCUAAGGUCGAAGAUCCCCUUUCCCAAAAACAUGCUUUUAUAUUGAAAACGAUCGGCAACGCCGCAUUCAGAGGGAGCUGUUCCGUUCAGCACUGAUCAAACAUAGAAUGCAUUCCGAUUGCUGCUAGCGCUAUCUUUCAAACAGACCAAGUAGACAUUGAAGUCUCAUAAUUGAAAAGACCCGAUGUAUGUAUUCAUGGAAAUUCUACAUGAGGAUGAUGCAUUGUUAUAUAUAUAUAUAUAUAUAUAUAUAUAUAUAUAUAUAUAUAUAUAUAUAUUUGUCUCGGGACCUUGCGUUGUAAACAAAUAAACACAUUGAAUUAUUUUAAAUGAAAAAAGCUGAUUAUUAUUACCAUUUUUAGUGAUACAGGUCGGCGCCUCUCCUCACCUGAGCAUAUCUGUUCUACAAUAACAGUUAUAAAUAUCGGAAGACAUUUCCAGGUGUCAGCAGGGAUGGUCAAAACAUGCAUUUAUGGAAUAACAGUAAUAAUAACAAAUAAUGAAAUGGACUGGGAAGGACUUUAUAGUUAUUUAUUUUGAUUCUUAAAAUUAUUUAUGUUUUCGUCUUACACAAAUAAAAAGUAAACUUUUUUCUCCAUCUCUUUGCAUGAACUUUCACUCCGGUGCCAGUACAGGUGCCGUCACCGUUCUUACCCUGGCACGCUUCUUUUUAAGAAAAUUCAUAUUUGUAUUUUUAUAUCUAAAUAUUUGUUAUUUAAAAUGAUAUGCUAGUCUAACGUCUUACAAUUCAUCAACAAAAAAUGUUUGUACUUUCGAAAGGAUAUUCAGAUUGAGACUACCGGAGAAUAUACGAAAUUUCGUUUUGUCUGUCUCAUUCUAUAUCAAGUGUGAGACGUAUUUAUUUUUUUUAAGACUUACUGAAUGUUUUUCUGGUUUUGCACACAUCAAUGUUAAUCUAUUAUUGAGAAAUCGUAUACUGUGACUUGAGCUUCGUUGAUGGAUUCGUUAGAAAUGGCAACUUUAGAGUCUAUUGCACUGUUUACGAGUAUACUCAAAUAACGCGUUGUUAUUUGGCAGAAUUUUUUUGGACAUUACAGUUAUGUUUUUUUAUUUCUUUUGUACCAUUCUUUUAAAGACACUUAAUAUGGUUUGUUGUGCAUGAAACCUUAAUAUUUUCAAAAAUGAAACAUCAUUUUAUGAAGCAAAAAAGCAACAAAACGUCAUGACAUUCUAAGAAUGAUUCAUUGUAUAUUAUGAUGCCAUUUUCACUGUAUUUGGUGAAUUAAUAAAUGGUGAAAGAACA